AAUUCUCCUUGUGCGAUUGGGCAGGAAAAUCCUGAUCAGUAUGUCUGUGGCGCAGCAGUUGAAAGACCUGAGAAGCGAUGUGCGGACGCUUCUGGACUACGCACAAGCGCUGAAGGCCGAAAACGAACGUUUGCGAGGUGCUUUUAGAGGUUCAUUCGUCUUUCUCAGGAAUAAAGAACAAGAGAAGGUUUUCAGAGCUGUCACGGAAGUUGGUGCUGCGUUUCCAAAGCUCAAGACAGUCCCCGACAUUUCCCUCACCCACAGCAAAGCAACAGUGAGCUUACCCUACGCAAUUCUAUAGCCAUCAUCUACCGAAUGCCUCUGAAGGAUUCACAGAGGAAGCAGCAGGUCUCCUGAAUGGGGAGAAUGAAGCUGGGAGAGAAGUGGGGAAUGAUGAAGCUCAUAAUGAAGGGAGUAUUCUGAAACCUCAGUUAUUCACUACAAGUGACUUAGCAGAUGUACUACUGGAGCACAAUAAGCUGUUGGGCAGACUUCGACAGUACACUAUCUCCAGCAGUAACACCUCAAUACCUACCUCCAGCUCUCCAAACAUCGGAGAGCAUGAUCUGACAGGAGCCGGUGUGGUUGGCUUUAGGGAACAACAAAACAUGAACGAUUUUGCCGUUCAUGUCAGUUGGUCAAAUGGAAGUAGCUUUGAAAUCUACCGAAAUUACCUCGAUUUCUUCACACUGCAGGCAAGAUUAAGGGAAUUAGGGGUACAAAAAACAAGAACUCCGGAACUUCCAUUAUCGGAUCAUCUUCUGGCAGUGUUGGGUCAACUCAGCUCUACUGAGUCACUGUACCAUCGAUACAAGUUGGUCGAUUCAUUUUGCAAAGCAUUGCUGGCAGGUGUAAAGGGAAAGGAAGUUGGAGAUGUUGGCAGGACUUCUGUACUGAUCUUCUUUGUUCCCCGUCUCCGAGACAUACAAAUAGAAACUACCAGGCUGGACAGUAGCUACAGUUUUGAAGCAGAAGGAGAGAGUGACUUGGACAGUGAAGACUGCCUUGGCUUCCUGUCUUCAGUUGCUCUUGCUCACGACCAGAAGUGGUACAACACACACAGCGACCGGUUGGAUGCUCCGGAAACGGACCAACCAGAGAAGCCGAGAGCGAGAAAGGCAGACCUCAGAUUCACAAAGCCGUCCCUCGCACAUCCUGUCCUCACCCACAUGCACUCUGCACCCACGACACACCCAGUAGCCGUACCCCAUCGCGAUCAAACACCGAAACUCCCCAUUCUGAAGACCUCCUCUUCUCUCGACAGUGAACCCACUACGGUCCGCGUCGGGAGCGACGGCGGGGAAGUGUGGCCGGCUGAUUUCAGACAUCGUUCCUCAAAUAUUCUCAGUGGAGGAGAGGGAGCUCUCACUAGAGUCAAAGCCCUCUGUGUGAAGAGUGGCAACAUGGACUGGGGGGUACGGGAGACCUCAGCUGGCCACGCGAACCAGAAAAAUAGCGCGGAAGAUGGAAGAGAACAGAACACUAGCACAGAUGGCGGAGAAGAACUUUCGAUGUCAAACAGUUUGAUUUAUCCUCAUUGGAGCCUCAACUUGAUUUCAACUCAGAAUUUUUUAUCCGUUUUU